UUGGAGAUCCAACUACAAGAAGACAAGUAGUCUGAUGCAAGAUUGCUUUGUUAGUUUUCGCUUCUAUUUUCUGUUUAUCGUUGCUGAGGAUAGCCAAGCUUUACAGUAUUGCAAGUCUAGACAUCCCCAUUGUAUCCACCUCAAAACCUUCGUGACAGGAAAAUUCGAUAUGAUAGCAUCCGGGACCCAAGAAUGCAGACGUCAUGUGGCUGAGGAAUCCGUUGACAGAAAUUUCUUCUUAUUUAGGGACUUGAAUCCCCAUCCUGAAUAUCAAUCCGUCUGCAACCUUAUUCCAAAUAAGGAGUGCAUCGACCACUUCAGCUUACUUCAGGUUCAGUAUUUCAGUGAGGUGAAAUUUGGUAGCCUUUGUAAGCCAUGUGAUUUGAGUCAGAUAUUUGUCGUACAAGCAACCUGCUGUGAGAAGAUUGAGAGCAAGAUUCAUCACCUGAAGCUUGUUCUUGAUGACUGGAGAAACUUCACAGAACUAUCCGCCAAAAAUGCUAGCUCCAAGUGGUCACCCUCAUCGUGGAGAGCUCCACAGAAAUGCACAGGGUGAUUUCUCCUCUCGGACAGGUAUUGCCUGUCGAGAUGUGUCCAGUAAAAAUGGUUCGGAUCUUAUCAUAUUUGUCAACAUAUAUGCAAAAAUGAUUUCUGUCUGCUGCUUGAUGCCAUCUUUUAUGACUGCCCUUUCACUCACUGUGAUUUCUAACUUCCAGUUUCAUCCAAAAAUUUUCUUCGACCACUUGCUUUGUGCCUCAUUGUUGAGCGACCUCGUGUUCAGAGGCCCUGAGCAGCCAUAACGCUAAUUCUGAUAAUCCUUUGGUUAGCAAAUACAUCAACUCGGUUUUAAUCGAUUGCACCAAUGCGUUGGUACAUCACACAUGCAAUCACAAGCUUAUUUCACAAAUACAUCAACGAGAACUAAGUGCCCAUCAGUGAAUCCGAAAGCAUGGUUAAAUUGUUGAAAACAAUCCAAGAACCAUCAAUUAUAGAAUCUGCAUAAACAACAGAACAACCGACUAACAGACUUCAAUAAACACUCAAAUGGAAACACUCCUACAGAUUCCUUGAUAAGGUUUUAAGCAAUAUGAUUUUUGGUGUCCCUACUACAAAUAAUCAAGAACAGACUUAGGGAAUAGAUUUUUAGCUGUCAAUGUUUCAACAGAUUUUCAGAGUCCCUGUCAUUCAAAUUCUGACCAACCGACCUUGAUAUGAAGCAGCAAGCUCCAAUAUCUUUGUCCGACUGCUUACUCUGCCUUUGAAGCUGGAGAAGACGACACUGCCAUGCCUAGAGAACAAGAAAUUGCAGUCUCCUUUUCAACUCAAUGUUAGAACGAAGAAAAAGAAAGAGGAAAACAUAAAUAAAUACAAACUUUGACAUACUUCUGACACUGAUUACCUUUCUAUAGGUCCGGGAAAUCAUGGUAAUGCAUAAACUGCCUUCAAAUCAAUUAAUGAACGAAAAUCUUUCCUUCAUAUAUGUGAAAAAAAUUACAGGGCAAGUGGCAGGGUGCCUAAUGCAACUUACAAGAGACAAAAAGCCCCAGAAACAACAAUGAA